GACAUUAUAUAGCACCCACUUCAGAGGCAGAAAAACAGCAGAUCUACAAAGAAAUUGAUGAUGUUAAUAGACUAUACGCUCAUCUUCAAAUGCUAUCAGACUUGUUUAGUAUUAAUGGACAGUAUACUUUCCAAAUUAAUAUUCUUCGUCUCUUGUUGAAACUAAACAAUGGAUUCCGAAAUGAAAAGGAUGACUCUGUAUCAGAUUCAAUCAUGAUAACUUGUGACAUUGCAAAAAUAUACAUGAACUUAGGCUACACUGGUAAAGCGCUUGGUGAAAUAGAAGAAGCUAAGGAGGCCAUAUCACGAUACAGAUGCUCUGCAUAUGCCGAGUUAACAUAUCUCCUAACCUAUUCACAAUACCUUGCAAGUAUCCGCAAAUAUAAUGAAAGUAAAGACGCCUAUAGUAAAGCAAGGCUUACAUGGGCAUACCGUGCUUCGAAUGAAACUAGAAACACACAGCAGACAUGCAAGCAACUUGUAACUAAGUCUCUUAUUUUAUCAGAAGCGCAUUUUACCAAAUGUAUGCUGCCUUCAAAUACUUCAGAUAAUGCAAUCAAUGGAUGUACUGCUGCUUUACAAAUACUAGAUAGAUGUCUUAAAACAUUGAACAGUUCAGGAUCCUCUGAGGCUAAGCCGCUGUCUGAUCCAUUCUCUAACGAUACUGAGAGAAGAGAGCGUGAGGAGAAACUAUCCAUCAAAGAUUCUCAAUGGAGAAUAGCUCAAAAAAUGGGAAAGUACAUGGAAACUAUAUCUAAUCUAUACAUGACAAAAGGAUCAUGGAAUGAAGCUAAAUACUAUGUUGUUCAAGGAAUCAGUCUCUCCCAAAGAGUACAAUCCAAGUCAAUGCUCUGUCAAGCAUUUCUCUGCUCAAGUGACUUUAAUUUACGCUAUGGCAACCUAGAAGAAUCACAGAAAGACAUUGAACGAGCAAUACAAUGCAGAUUUAGUAGUCGUAAUAGUCUUGACCAAAUCCAGAUAUACACUGCCACAGCAAGCUUAUCCAUUGCAAAUAAAAUGUAUGAAGAGGCUAUCCAAAUGUAUGAUGAGGCAAAUAAGUCUCUGGAUGCUUUAUCAAACCCAAAACACGUUGCUUCUCUUGAAAAGAUUGGCGAUAAAAAUCUAACUGACAGUACGGAUUAUAUGGAUAUCGACAUGGCGCAUUCAUAUAGUCCUUUACAACGUAUGAAAAGCAAUAAUAUUAUACAGAAAGCUGCAAUAUAUUAUCAUAAGAAUGCUCCUAUGGAUGGUAUAUCUAUGCUUGAAGAUCUUAAAGACUCGGGUCUAGAAUAUGACGAGUUUCUAUAUAAUGCAACAAUGGGUCACUUAAAGUUGGAAUGCAUACUUGCAGAGCUAACAAAGUAUGAUGGUCUGAAGCAGGAAGAUAUUAAAUCCUUACCAAUCAUGAGCUACACAUCAAAACAAACACGAACCUCAACAAGUGAAAGAACAACAAAUCAUCUUCACACACUAUGGAACGAACUAGCUGACUGCUUAGCGCAAAUAACAGAUGCAUUUCAGACUGGAGUAACCCGAGAGCGAGUUAUGGCGAUUCAUAGGACUUGUAAUGAUGCUGGCCUCGCUGCAUUUCUUAAGACUCAAGUUGAAGCCAAGAUACAACAGUUGGCGAAUAGAAAUGCAUUACUAAGUGCUUAUUACCUGGAAAUGGCAAAAGGCAUUCACAUUCGCAGACUUACUCGCAGUUCUCUAAGCGAAAAGCUACAAAAACUUAAUGGUUAUCUACCUUCCUUGGAUGAUUGGCCGGCAGAUGAUCACGAGAGCAGCGGUAAUCAUCCUCGUCUGAAUGCUGCCACGCUUAUGCCAAAGUGGUUACAAUCCCACAUUACGACUCUUUUAGAGCAAUACGACAGAGAUCAUUUGUUAGAUGAUGCCCAAUUUCAGCAACAGUAUGUGGACAUCAUUCCUUCCAACUGGACCGUAUGCUCGUUAACCCUUGAUCCAACUCAUAAUGACCUAUACGCCGUUCAAAUGCGAGCUGGAGAAUCGCCAUUUAUUCUCAAACUUCCACUUAAUAGGAUAGUUAAACGAUGCAAGGGCGAGCAAAAUGAGUGCGUUGAAUAUCAAGAAGUGGAUACUGAAAUGAAAAGCAUUGUUCAAGAAAGUGAUGAAACAAUUCAGUACAGCUCUCAAUGCAAGACCCCAGAAGCUGUGCGUGAGUGGUGGACCAAACGACACUCUUUGGAUACUCGAUUGAAGAACCUGCUUUACAGAGUUGAAGGAUGGUUUGGUGGCUUCAAAGGGAUUCUGUGUGGUCAACGUAUGGAAUCAAGCAGUCAGAUAAAGAAGUUUCAAGAAGGGUUGGACAAGCUUAUUCAUAAAGUUGUGAUGAAGUCAGCAAACAAGAAAGCAAAGAUUGAAUUUAGUCUUCAACUUUGCCGCAUCAUACUACAAUUAGGAGAAUCACCUAGUAAUAGGGAAUUAGAAGAUGUUGCUUGUUUUACAUUAUCUUGUUAUGACGAUUGCUUGAUUGACAUAGACUCAAGCAGAACCAACGUAGACGAGGUGACAAAGGGCCUUCACAGCCUUAUAACAGCCUAUCAUGAAAAUGCAAAGCGUAAUGGUAUUGAUACGAGCAGUAAUAAGCGUAAUGAUCAUGUCAUUCUCAUACUUGACAAGUACAUGCAAAUACUCCCUCUGGAAAGCUUACCGAUCUUACGUAAACAGGCCACCUCCCGUUUACCCUGCUUGUCAUUUUUGCGAGAUCGUAUUCUGUAUGCUAAAUCAAAGAAACUGGGCGAUAUUUCUAUAGUUAGUGACGAAAACAAUGCAGGGAAUAAUAUAUCUGUUUCAGGACAGAGUGUAUAUUAUGUGUUGAACCCCUCUGGUGACUUGCUAGAUACACAAAAGCAAUUUGAAAAACUGUUUAAAAGCAAUCAAAACUGGAAUGGUAUAGCAGGAGCUGCUCCUAUGGAGUUACAAUGUAAAGAUGCCCUUUUAUCCAAAGACAUUUACAUGUACUUUGGUCACAGUGCUGGACAAAGCUUCUUACGAGGGACGACUGUAAGAAGCCUUCCCAGAUGUGCCGUUUCAAUUCUUAUGGGCUGCAGUAGUGGUAAAAUGGAAUCAAAUGGAGAAUAUGACCCUCAUGGUUAUAUUUUGAACUAUCUGAUUGCUGGAAGCCCAGCAGUGCUUGGUAACUUGUGGGAUGUGACGGACCGAAGCAUUGAUAACAUCACCAGGCAUAUGCUACAAGCUUGGGGCGCUAUUGGUAAAAACCAAGGAAGGAGCCAAGAGAAGUCAUUGGUGCAGGCUCUUACGGAGUCAAGGGACCAGUGUAAUCUUCAGUAUCUGAUUGGAGCAGCACCUGUAGUGUAUGGUGUUCCUAUAUACCUAGAAUAAUUUUUUUAUUCAUCACAAUUGCGCUAAAAGCCUUAAAAAUAAAAUAAAAUAGUAGCUUUCUCAGCCCAAUGCACUAUUUAUUACUGUACGAAUCUCGAUAAGAUUUAUUUCACA